GCUGAGUGCCGAGCGGGGCCUCUGCGCGGACGCAGUGGACCGGUACCUGCCUUGAGACCCGCGAGCUAGGGGUCGCGGGCCCUGGGCGUGAUGCGACCGGGCGAGGAGCGCUCGAAGCUGGAGCCGCUGAAGCUGCGCGCGGCCGAGCGCAUCGACGAGGCGGCGGAGCGCCUGGGGGCCUUGAGCCGCGCCAUCUGGAGCGUGCCUGAGCUGGCGUACCAGGAACACCAUGCCCAUGGCGUGCUCACGCGCUUCUUCCAGCAGGAGCAGCCGGCCGCCUCGUGGGUGGUGCAGCCGCACUUCACGCUGCCCACGGCCUUCCGCGCCGAGUGGGAGUCUCCGGGAGCCCUCGCGCGGAGCGCCGCGGGGCGCCCGCUGCAGCUGGCCUUCCUCUGCGAGUACGACGCGCUGCCGGGCCUGGGCCACGCCUGUGGCCACAACCUCAUCGCGGAGGUCGGGGCGGCCGCCGCGCUGGGCGUCAGGGGCGCCCUGGAGGGCCUUUCGGGACAGAGCCCGCCGGUGAAGGUAAUUGUCCUGGGAACCCCUGCAGAAGAAGAAGGUGGUGGCAAAAUUGAUUUAAUUGAAGCAGGUGCUUUUAAAAACCUUGAUGUUGUUUUUAUGGCCCAUCCAUCCCAAGAGGAUGCUGUUUAUCUACUGGAUGUGGCUGAACAUGAUGUGACUGUAAAAUAUUAUGGGAAAGCAUCUCAUGCUGCUGCCUAUCCAUGGGAAGGAGUCAAUGCCCUAGAUGCUGCAGUGCUCGCCUACAGCAACCUGUCUAUGUUAAGACAACAGAUGAAACCAACCUGGAGAGUUCAUGGUAUAAUAAAAAAUGGUGGUGUGAAACCGAAUAUCAUUCCCUCUUACUCUGAAUUAGUCUAUUACUUCCGUGCACCCUCAAUGAAAGAGCUUCAAGUUUUGACCAAAAAAGCAGAGGAUUCCUUCAGAGCUGCAGCUUUGGCUACAGGGUGCACAGUAGAGAUUAAUGGUGGAGCACAUGAUUAUUACAACGUUCUUCCUAAUAAGACCCUGUGUAAGUCUUACAUGGAAAAUGGGAAAAGGCUGGGAAUAGAAUUCAUUUCAGAAGAUGAAAUGUUGAAUAGCCCUUCAGGAUCUACUGAUUUUGGAAAUGUUACUUUUGUGGUUCCUGGAAUCCACCCAUAUUUUUACAUUGGAUCCAGUGCCUUGAAUCAUACUGAACAGUAUACAGAAGCUGCAGGAUCACAAGAAGCUCAGUUCUACACUUUACGUACAGCCAAAGCUUUAGCAAUGACUGCAUUGGACAUUAUUUUUAAACCAGAGUUGCUGGAAAAAGUCAGAGAGGACUUUAAAUCAAAACUGCUAGAAGAACAGUUUUUAAAUACAGUAGAAUAAAAAGCAAGAUUUAAGAGCUGCUUAUAAAAUGUUAAGAAAUGACUUUUUUUCUUGAUAUCUUUUAAUGAGAUUAUGCUUUUUUUCAGUCUUGAGUGAUUUUUUUUUUAACCUGAUAAGUAAGGACAGAACAAGCUAUGAAAAAGACACACUAAUUCAUGUCUAGACUAAAUAGAAUUUAUGGUAUUUGAAGAGCCAAUAUUUGAUACCAUUUUUAAACUGGAUUAUACAUAAUUUUAUGAUGUGAUAAUGUUUUAUAAGUUCAUAUGUUAUAUAUAUAUUUAAAGGUCCUACAGAUUUCAAACCUUGAAUCAACUUAGUGAAACGUAAGUUUUGAAGCAAACAUCUUAAAAGUUUCAAAAUUCAAGUUCUAAGUUUAGGGAAAGCUUGUUUUGGGUAUGUGACUAUAUUUGUUUUGUUUUAGAAAACUCUCUUCAUAUAUAAUAAAAGUUUACUUUCAAUCAGAAGUACUUGUGAGGAACAGGAGAGAUGGCACCAUGAUUAAAGGUAUUAACUUGCAAA